GGAAUUGGAUGUAUCUCUCAAAAUCAGCGAACUUUUCUUUGUGUUUACCAUUUCUACCUAUCGUGUGUCAUGCAAGGUAUAUUUUGAAUACUAUUUAUACAUCGAUUAUUUAGUAAUUUUGCCAUUAAUUGAUCGUCCACCGGUCUAUCGAUUAUUUUCAUCUCUUGGCAAAAUAUAUAAUUUCAUCGUGUUUGGUUCGACGAUGAUCUCCGUGCCAAGACCGAGUGUAAUUUCCUUGAUUUUAUUAUUGGCAAUUGUGAUCAAUGGUGGAGACAAUGCAGCGUUGCAAAGUGUUGGAGUGAAAAAUUCAUUGUACGAAGUACCAGGACUAGGAAAUCGACCAUUGAUGAUAAAAGCUUUUCCUGGUGUAGAGAAUUUUCAAAGUGAUUUGUUCGAAGUUUAUGCAGAGCCGUAUACCUACGAUUUGAGGGCACAAGUUGCAGUUGCCAUACUUCAGGGAGAGGCAGAAAGUGAUGUUAAAGGAGAAAUAAUGUUUAUUCAGAAUCACCCACCGAUUGGUCCUACUCUCAUAACAGGCAACAUAACAGGACUGGCCGCUGGUAAACAUGGUUUCCACAUCCAUCAGUCUGGAGAUCUGAGACAAGGAUGUGAAAAAAUUGGUGAACACUUCAACCCCUAUUUGUUUCAGCAUGGUGCACCAUUCGAUCCCAUUCGUCAUGUGGGUGACCUGGGCAAUGUUGAAGCAGGUGAUGAUGGUACUGCAGAAGUGAACACCGUGGACCCUUUGAUUUCGCUUAGCGGUGGUCCUAGAGGAGUUGUAGGACGAGCCAUAGUAGUAACAACGGAAGCCGAUGACUUAGGACGUGGUGGCACAGCAGAUAGUUUGACCAACGGUCAGUCUGGGAAACCCCUGGCCUGCGGAGUUAUUGCGUUCAUAAGAUAGUUUUAAAAAGUUUUAAAAAGAAGUCGUUACCGUUUGUUUAUGAACCGAUAUGAUGUCAUUCCUAAAUCGAACGACUUUGCGAUUUAUUCGAUACAGAAUUUGUUGAAAUAAUAAGUUUCGUAAGGUCGUUCUCAUUUUCAAUGCCCUACAUACAUAAUACAUUGAAUUUUAAAGAUGUCUGUAGACAAUUCAAUUUAUCGCGGUUUUACUUAAGUCGUGACUUUUGUUUUUGCAUUUCCAAUAAUGUAGUUUGUUCAAAUUUUGGUGGAACUGAAUUUAAUUCAAAUUAUACUUUAUUGUCAACAGUGCUUAUUGAUAAAAGUAUACAAAAAAUAAAUAUAUACUGGAAUAGAUUAAAACAAUUAUUAGAAAAUAGGAAUUUUAAACACAAUUCCUUAUUUACAAAUAUUUAUUAAGGGUCCGAAUUCUACAAAAUUUAUCGGUUGAAAGCCUGCUUGGCUGUAUCGUUUGUUUAUAUUAUGUUAUGUUUAUAUAUUGAAAUGAGUUGAAGAAGGACACUUGCAUAUCCACAGGGUGGCAGAGUAUCCUGCGACAUCUAAUAUUCGGCCAUCCUGCAAUAUUCUUGUCUUCAAAGUCCUCAAUCUGAAACAAAGUCAUUUUUCAUCAAUACAGCCAAAGAAAAAUAGAUUUUCCUCGAUUUCUUCAGGAUUGGAAGAAUGAAAGUGGUAAGAAACAUAGAAAUUUUCAUUUCUCUUUUCUUUAAGAAAUUUGUGUUACUCAUAAGUAAUGGCCGUUCUAUGGGACUGUGCUCGUGGGAGACAGUGUUUUAGAAAUUUGUCAUCACCCACCAUCACAAAUUUCUAGGGAACUGCACUCGUGAGAACCAGUGUUUUAGAAAUUUAUGAUGGGUAAACAUUUCUACGGAACUGUUCAUGUACAACAAAAACAUGCACAGUGUUUUAAAAUAUGUUAACAAACAUUAAGGACUACCGGACUAAACUGGUGAAGUCAGUGUUUUAGAAACUUCAAGACAUUUAUGACUCAGUUUCUACAGGACUGGACUCGUAAAAGUCAGUGUUUUAGAAACUUUUUUUAAUCCACCUAUGCAGGGUUACUUACUCACUUACGUACUUAUUUUACAGGGUGUAACUGAAUAAGUGUAAAACAUUCAAGGAGUUUUUUACAUCUCUCAGAUCUUAUUUUUCGACAUGUUAGCACACUCGAUUAUUAUAUUCGAUUAUUCAAACUAACUUCAACGCGGUUCUUCAUCCCACUUCUGAGAUAGUAGAAAACAUAUAUUUCAAUAUUUCAAACACAAUUCUCUAUUUACAAAUAUUUAUUAAGGGUUCAAACUGUACAAAAUGUAUUGGUUCAAUACCUGCUUGGCUGUUUGUUUAUAUUAUGUUAUGUUUAUAUAUUGAAAUAACUUGAAGAGGCAUACGUGCAUAUCUACAGGGUGGCAGAGUAUCCUCCGAUAUCUAGGUUAGGUCCAAAGUGAGUGGGUUUAUUCGACCCUCCACCGCUACCUGCAAGGGUUUAUUGUGACCGAUAUCUAUCCGAUAUUUGAUUGAAAUUCACCUGAAGCUAGCUCACAAGCAUGGACCAUUUUUGUUGUUGAGGAUAUUCGGGUAAGGUCAAAAAAAUAAACCCAAUAUCCGUGAUGCAACGUAAUUUAAUAAUAAAUUUGUGUAUGCAUUAAUUAAUUGAGAAAAUAAAACCUUGAGUUCUGAG